GAAGAACAACUACUUCCUGCUUCUGACCCCGAGCAGCCAACAUGGCGACGCUCCUCCGCAGACUCGCGGCUCCCAGCUGCUCCUCCAGGCCGUGGACACACGUCCGAGCCUCGGCUCCGAUCCCCCGGGGCGGGGCGCCGCUGCUGCCCGGAGAAGGCGUCCCUCCCCCGGCCUGUGGCGGCGCGCAGAGCCGGCGGAAGCAUGCGGAGGCGUCCCCUCCGGAGGUGGACCUGCGGCGGUUAGAGGGGGAAGACGACGGCAUAGUGGAGGUGCUGAUGUGCCGUCACAAGGCACGAAACGCUCUGGGUCACGUGUUUCUGUCACAGAUGAUGAAUCUCGUGUCGUCCCUCGCCAACGACUCGGCUCACGUGGUCGUCUUCAGGAGUUUGGUUCCAGGUGUUUUCUGUGCAGGUGCAGACCUGAAGGAGAGAGUGCUGAUGAACCACGCCGAGUCGGACCGCUUCGUCCACCGCCUGCGCUCGCUCAUGACUCAGAUCGCAUCACUGCCGAUGCCGACCAUCGCCGCCGUGGAUGGCGCCGCCCUGGGAGGCGGGCUUGAGCUGGCCCUGGCCUGUGACCUCCGCACUGCCGCUCACUCGGCUCAGAUGGGUCUGAUUGAGACCACGCGGGGGCUGCUCCCGGGGGCCGGAGGAAGUCAGCGUCUCCCGAGGACAGUUGGCCUCUCGCUGGCCAAGGAGCUCAUCUUCACUGGAAGACGCAUCGGGGGACAGGCGGCUCUGGGGAUCGGCCUCGUGAACCGAGCUAUCGAACAGAACCAGAGCGGAGACGCUGCGUACAGGGAGGCGCUGGUCCUGGCCCGAGAGAUCCUGCCGCAGGCUCCCAUCGCUGUGCGUCUCUCGAAGGAGGCGAUGAACCGUGGCAUCGAGGUGGACAUGAGCUCAGCCAUGGCGAUAGAGAGGAUGUGUUACUCUCGGGUGAUCCCCACACGGGACCGGCAGGAGGGGAUGGCGGCGUUCCUGGAGAAGAGGCCUCCGCGCUACACGGGGGAGUAGUGGACGCCUCGUGGACACUUUGUUCUUUUUGUCUCGUGCGCUUUGGAUUAAAAAGAUGAGACUGUG